AUGUCAAUGUCAGGAUCAUUGUCAAGAAAGAGAGUAGGCUCCGUGAGUCAGAGAAAUAACGAUUCUGGAAUGGCACAAUUAGAUAUACAAAGUAUACAAAUGCCCUCAAACAAAACAAAUGCACUUGCCUUGAAAACAGCUGCGCUGUCAUCAACCAAAUCGCUUUACCAGACUUGCUCAAUACUGAGAAAGAGAUUAAGAUGUGUAGAGGAUUUUCAAGCGUUUCUAGAUCAACCAGCAGGUGCAGAACCACUCGACGUGGUAUCACAUAUGUGCCAUCUGUUCCGACUGGGAUCUCCUUUAUGUCAUCUAUACAACCUUCUCAUACCGUCAUUCGUCGAUCCAUCCUCAUCCCUCUAUGCAGAUCUCCCUUCACCCCCACCCAUAGAAUACGAUUUCCCGCCAUUCAUAGAAUCACCUAAUGGAGUUAGAAAUUGGGCUAAAAGGCCCGAGAACGCAAAACCGUGUCAAAGGUAUAUCGCUUCAUUUUGUAUGGCGAUGAAGAAAAGACACGAAGAAGGUAGAUGGAAUACAGAAAUAUGGGCAUUACACGAACUAUGGGGUAAAUCUAAUGGAGAAGAAGUGGAAUCAUAUGAUUCAACUGGAUUAAUGAAAGUUUUACAUACAGUGGAAGAAAUAUUGGAUAACCUACCUGAAUCUGCUAUGUCCCCUUUAUCACCCGUAACACCACAUACAGCAACUUCAUUAAUACAUUUCAAGACGCAAAGACAAUCAUACGAUAUACCGUUUUCUAUGGGUGGAUCAGGAACUGGUUCAGGCGCUAUAGCAAAUAUGGCUGCAACGAUGAAUGGUGGUGUUCGUAUAGAUUCUUUACAAUAUAAUGGCGGUGGACCUAAUUCACCAAGUCCUCUAUCAAUAAACACCGGCGAGGACAUGCAAAGAACAAAAUCAAGUGCAGAUGCAAACGCUUUCAAAUCAGUGGAAGAAUUAGUUUCGAGUGAAAAAUCUUAUGUACAAGAAUUGGAAAUCUUAGUCAGAUGUUCGCAGGAAAUGGUGGAUAAACAAUUAGUUUCAUCAGAAACCAAUCGUCAGAUAUUCUCCAAUCUCGCUAGAAUAUUGGAUUUCCACCGAAAAUUCCUGAUCAAACUUGAAACUGAAUACGAACCUAUCCAAGAAGGGAGAGGACCAAAAGCUUGGGCAGAAGGGGUAUGGGGUAGACCUUUUAUCACUUCAGAACCUGAAUUCGAUUGUUAUGGUCCGUAUUGCGCAAAUUACCUUGACGCAAUAACGGUAGUCAAUGAGCAAAUGCCUAACUUGACGCGUGGGCAAGAACUACCGCCUGAUGAAAGACCUUGCUUGGAUCCACAACGAGAAUUACAGGCUUUCAUGAUUAAACCUAUUCAGAGAAUCACUAAAUACGGCUUACUGCUGGACGCCAUUCUACACGCUACCGCCAAGCAUGAAUAUCCAUUCCGGCCAGAAUUGGAAGAAGCUUCCUCCGCCGUUAAACGUAUAGCAGCCAGCAUUAACGAAGUCACAGACUUCAAAGCUAAGCAAGCUACCGUACGAGAACUGAUGGAUCGGGUGGAAGACUGGAAAGGUCAUGAACUUGACAAAUUCGGUGAUUUAUGGUUAGAUGAUCAUUUCACUGUGACCAAGGCGGAUCAACCUAGAGAAUACCACGUUUUUUUAUUUGAGAAAAUGAUGUUAUGCUGUAAAGAGGUGAUGCCGGAAAGAAAGAAAUCAAGUAAGAAUUCCAGUAUGUUGAGGAAGGACAAAACUGCUAGUAAAUCACUUCCAGAAAAGAAGAAACUGGCAUUGAAAGGAAGGAUCUUCGUCAGCAAUAUCAACCGAGCUACUUUGAUGGCUCCCGAGCCAGGUCCUACCGAUCCAUAUGGUGUUUCCCGAGUGUGUAUCGCCUGGACAGUGCCGCAUCGUCACCCCAAUGGGUGGCAUGAAGAUCAGGAAGACUCCUUCAUCAUGAUUGGCCGAACCGAGGAUCAGAUGAAAAAGUGGGCGGACAAAGUUAUGGAGCUCGCCACUGCUGAAAGGAAGAUACAGGAAGCCAAUCGAAACAGCCGAACAGCGAUGAGUAGUGGCAGGUAUUCCGGAUCUGAAAAGGCGUAUCCAUACUCAUCGUUCGCGCCUCCUACACCGGGUACUGAAAAGCCUCCAUUCGCUUUCCCUCCACCUUUGCCUGGUCAAGCGAGUCAGUUCGGCUCAGCUGACGACGAUGAUGAAGAUGGACUGAGAAGUGGACGAACAACACCUAGCAUGUCGCAACAUGGCCACGGAAAUAUGACGCCGUAUACUACCGUACAUCCUACUACAGGAAGAAGAGUACAAAGUCAACAAUCCAUGCCUGCUGCUCUGCAAGCUGAAUUCAGAGCGAGAGCGAUGACAGAGGAUCAGUUUGGUCCCUCGAUGACACAGUGGAGGAAUCAACAACAACCUAUGCCACCGCCUCUGCCGCGUCUAGCUUCAGCAAUGUCAACGUUGUCUACCGCAAGUGAAGCUAGCUUCGGCGGAGGAAUGCCAGGAUCGGCCUCAGGAUCAAGAACUCAUCCUUAUGCCCAAGCUCAUCCUUCUAUGUCACGUACGAUGAGUGGAGCUGGAAGUAGGAUAUUACAACGAGCGGAUGAAACUGAAGAAGAGUCUCCCAUUGAACAAAGGGAUGCAUUCAACAGAUAUGGACCAUCAAGAGGAAUGGCAAGAGCACCUUCACAUGGUAUCAGCUCAACUACCGUACCUUAUCCACCUCAAUUAAGGAACAGAAGUGCUUCUUCACCUAAUGUUUAUCAACAACCUCAGAUACCACCAUCUCAGCAAUUACCACCUUUACCUAAUCAAGGAUACAAUGAAAACGGAAUAGCAAUGAGCAGUUCAAGUACUCUUGUGGGUGGAACAGCCUAUUUCACCAAAAGAAUAUCGACAGGGAAAAGAUCCAGUGGUGGAAGUCAUUCUACAGAAACUUCAGAAACUACCUCUGAUCAACAAUCACCUGCAACACCAUACGGAAGCGUACCUGGUGAUCCUAGAGGUGCGACCCCUGUCUCUAGACAAAACAGUUCAGAUGUUGUGAAUGCAGGGGCUUCGAGUGUUUUAAUCAAAUUACGUUGUGGCGAGGAUCAAUUCCUAAUUGGAGUACCUCAGGAUAUAAAUUUCCCAACGCUUUAUCAGAAAAUACAAAAGAAGAUUCGAUUAUGUUCAUCAUCACGUAAUAUAGGAGAAACACUUCAGAUCAAAUGGAUCGACGCUGAUGAAGAUGAAAUCACGAUCAAAUGCGAUGCCGAUAUAGAAGCUAUGAUUGGUGAAUGUAUCGAAGUCGGUGCUACCCACGUUAACCUAGUGGCUAGAUAG